AAAUGUGCUAAAUCGUACUUAUUUAGUUCUUACAUAUUUAGCACAUAAAUAAUUUAAACAUAACAAAACCAAAGAUUGUACAGUACACUGACUCCAAAAAGCCAAAGCAUUCCUGAAUUUGAAUCAAGGAGACAAAGAAAAAAUAUACAAAUUCCAAGAUUUACAUAAGAACAAAUAACGUACUUUAUUUAGUUAAACUUUCAAGCCAAAUUGUAAACCUAGCUCAAUUUUGUAACAAACCGGUGCCUUAAUCCAAAAAUAUUGGUGAUAUGCAAAUUAACCUGUGAUGAUAAGUUUAGGAAAGGUCGUUAACUAACUGGAAUGAACUGGAAAAUGUAAAAUUAAAUGUUGUCCAGAUUUAUUUAGUGAAAUGUGAAAUAUUUCACAAGCCCAGUUUAAUUUUGAGCUUAGUUCGUCCUACAAGUUAAAUAUUAUUAAGAAACAUUUGCUGAAAAGUGCUCAUAUUUUUCAUGUAUCGUGCAGUGAAAGUUUAUUUUAAUAACAAUUAAACAAUAUUUUUUUAAAACAAUGUGCUAAUUGAAAAAGGAACAAUUUAUCUAAUUAUACAUAAACAUUAAAGAGUUUUAAUGCAAAUAUAAAGUAUCGACUUUUAACUAAUACAAAUAAUUUUCUAUGCGGUGUUUGUGAUAAGAAUUUAAAGGUCAAAGCAAUAAUAAAUGCCAAAUUCAGAUUGAUAUUAUAAAAAUCAUCGCAUAAUUCCACUACUUGUCAAAUUUUUAUGUCAUUCAGAAAACUGUGAUAUUACGAUUAGACGCAAAACAACCGGACCGUCGUAUAAUUUUUUGGGCAAGAAAAUUCCCCAUUGAAGAGUGAUACAUAUAUUACCCAAAUUCCGAACACUACAUUUCCCGAAGGAACAAAAUACUCAACAAUUCCGAAUCAAAAUACUCAUCAUUUUACUUUUACGCCUGUGAUAUAUCCUGCUCAUCAUCAAGAUUCCUCUACCUCUCAAUAAAAAAAACCAGUAAUAAUGAAUAAAAUCGAUGAAACGAUGCCCCCAGCCAAAAUUGAGGAAGAAGUGACCACUCUAUUCCACCUGAGCAUGCCUCGAAAUUGGCGAAACAGCAUAACCAACCCUCCCGACUUAGGAUUUCAAGUUCAUUUCCAUCAAAGUCCCAAUGAAGAACAGCGCCUCACGAUAAAAACGUUUUGGAACGAUGUUCACCUUGGGUCAUACGCUCAGCUGGAUUUUGACCUUGGUCUCACCAUCUCAGACUGGUCGCGAAGCCCGUGUCGGCGUCAGAUUGGGGGAUUGCUGUAUAACGCACAGCACAGUCCGUCGCCCCCACCUCGACCACCACCACCACCACCGCCCCCAAUUUCUCAAGCAAUACCGGAAGAAGAUGAAGAAGAAGAAGAAGAAGGGGACGAGGGGGAUUCUCGAUUUCUCAAAUUUCACGCACCCCCACCAAAUGAUCUGCAGUUAUCGAAUUUGCUCAGAUUGGCGUUUGACUGUCCAUUUCCAGAAGUUCGGGACCAGGCGGUUUCCUUGCUGGGAUUACUCGACGGAAAAGGAGGUCUGGUUCCUACCGCGUUGAAUGACGGGCCAUCCAGCUUUAUUCCAUUGUCGGAAUGUCCUGACAUCGAUGGAGAUGGGGACCCACCACUACGGAUGGGGACUGAUGACGAUGCCAUUGUCGAAAGCUGUUUUAGCCUAGCCCUAAAUUCGGACAACAUUGCUCAAACAUUCGCGCAAGCGAUAAUUAACAAUCUCGAGGGGAAAAGUGACGAGGAGAUUGAAGAGCUUCUUGACAAAAAGAAGGCACGGCUCUUGUCGGAAGCAUUUUUGGUCUCAGGACGUGUUGAUCAUACCAUUCAACUGAUGGCUUAUCAUCCCGACUAUCUGGAAAUCUUUUUGAAAACUCACCACUUUCUGAUGCGUGGCGAUGGACCGCUUCCCUACAACCAUCGGAACUACAUCGCCAUCAUGGCCGCUGCCAGAUACCAAUGCAGCUACUUAAUGGAAUUACAGAAACGAGAAUUCCUCUAUCAAGGCGGAGAUCCCAAGUGGUUGCGCGGAUUGGAAUCUGCACCAGCGAAAUUGUUAGCGCUUUACCAAAUCAACAAGAUCAUGGCGCACCGCCCUUGGGUCCUGAAGAAAGAGGAUUUUCUCCAUCUCACCAAAAAGGCUGGGUGGUCAUUGUCUGAAGUGGUGCAGGCGGUCGUGAUCCUGGCGCAUUUUCAUGCCCUCUCCUCCUUCAUUCAUGGCUGCGGAAUCACGCCCGAGAUCGAUUUCGACAAGGGUCACUCUUACAUGGACCCUGGCAACUUUAACUCGAUCCGGUCCGUGUCGGAAGCCCUGAAUCGGUCAUCGCAUGAAAUGAGUGAACCAGAAGUCAAAUCAGAUAUCUCAACACCUUCCGUAUCUUUCGCUAUGGACCAGCCGACCUCGUACUUCGGGUCAAGAAUCCUUCCCAACCCGGCAGAGACAAGUCGGGGAAAACAAACAAAAUCGAUCCUGAAGAAGACUGAAGUGGGCUCCUCCACGCAAACUGCCAAUAAUAACUCCAGUACUAAUAUUACCUCGUCUGCAAGUAACCUACUCAAAGAUGCGACCCAUCAUAACGCUCUGGUCGCCAAUUCCCCACCGAAAAAGGGGUUGGGAUGCAGCGUCUCUGAAGUCGAGAUCAUUAUGGCCACCAUGAAAAAUUUGUCGGAAACGAGUCCCAUCGAAGAUCCUGAAGAGCGUAAAAAACGCUUCGAAAACGUGGCGUCGUCUGAUGACAGUCAAGAAAAGGAAAACUUGCUGACCAACUGUUUAAAAGGAACGUCGUCCAGCAUUCCACCAGAAAUUUCACCAUUCGUCUGCGAUCCUGACUUUAUCUAUGAAGACUUUGCAAAGCGGGGACAAGUUUCGGAAAUGCAUACGUUCCGAAUUCAGGAUUACUCGUGGGAGGAGCACGGAUUCUCAUUAGUGAACCGACUCUAUAACGAGGUGGGGGUGUACUUGGACGAAAAAUUCAAGGUCACUCAAGGGAUGACCUAUUACACGAUGGGCGGCCGGGCACACGUCGACACGACCAAGUUCCGAACCGCGGUCUGGAACUAUAUCCAGUGCUUGUAUGGCAUCAGGCAUGACGACUACGACUACGGAGAAGUCAACCAACUGCUCGAGCGACCACUCAAAGCCUACAUCAAAACGGUGUGCUGUUAUCCAGAGCGGAUUACCAAAGCUGAUUAUGAUAAUGUGAUGCGAGAGUUCAAACAUUCUGAGAAGGUGCAUGUCAAUCUUAUGAUAAUGGAAGCCAAGAUCCAAGCAGAGCUGCUCUACGCUCUCCGAACAAUUAUGAGAUUCCUCAUUUAAAGAAAAAAAAUCCGUCUUUCCUGUCAUUACAAUAUCAUGGAACCAUUUUUAGCAGUAUGCAAAUCGGCCCUACACACACACUGAAAGUAUCAUCGUGAAGCUUUAUUAUUUCGUUUAGUAAAUAAUUCAAUGUUCCAACUUUAAUAUUUAAAAUUAAUUAAUUAAUUAUCUAAAUGUGUACCUAAUUUACAUAGGUAAAUAGCUUGAUGAUUGUACUCUAUGUAUAUGAGGAGGUAUUUGUGUCACUUAUUAUUGGAUAUCGUGUCGAAAAUGUGGAUUUAUCCUCUAUAAAUUCAACUAAAUAUUACAAUUACUGAUUAAAAUAUCUUGAAAAGUGUUUACAUAUAACGAACCGAUAAUGAUACAUUGUAAAUUCCUCAAAAACACGACACCGAAUAUACAUUGAAAUUUAUCAUUUUAUCCGAUUAAUAGGAUAAUUUUACUUAAUUUUUGAAGUUUGAUUCAAAAAUAUAUAGCUAUUUACUCCUCCCACACAUUAUUUACUACUCAACUAUUACAUCUUUUGUUUUUUUUGCUAUAUCAAAAGUAAAGAAUGGCAUUUUCUCAAAUAAUUUCUCUUUAGAUAAAUAAUUUUCGUUUAAAAGUUUGAUCUCAACUCAUUUCAUAAAAUAUUAAUAGUUGAGUAAUAAAUAAUUAAUUGUACGUACGCAGAUUAUGUAAGAACAAUACCAUCACGUUUUGUCGUGAUUGGUAAAAACAGCACACAUCCAAAUAGUUCAUGAAAUGCUUUUUGAUAAGCUUUCCGCAGUGUAAAUGUCCCACCUACCCCGACCCCUAGAAGAUAUUUCCUAAUUAAUUAAUUAAUUAACACUUCUCCUCUUUUACAUAUUAACUUCAUAGUUUUUGUUACCUCGAUCCAGUUGUAUUUUAAUUUUUGUGUCAGUUCAGUUCCGCCGCUAUUAUUUUCUCCCUAAUAGAAAUACCUAUUUACCUAGCCUUAAACAUACGUUUUGUCGAUCUUGAUUUAUCGUUAAGUAAAAAGAAAACGCGACUGAUAAAAUAUUGGUAAUUAGCCAAAAUGAUGUACAUAUUUACUCGUAUCUAACUAAAUAUAUAGUCUGUAUACCUUGAAUAAUGCAUUUCUUUUUAAAAAGAAGCCAGUCCUACCCUCCAGUCCGUAUACAUACAUAGAAUUAAAUAUAAGAAAAAAAAGUCGUCUUACCUUUUUCUGAAUCAAAUUGGUCAGAUUUGGAAAAGAUUUCAAACUUCAAUAGUCCAACACCUAACAUACAAAGCAACACUGUGUACACACACAAAUCCGUGGAACAGUUUAUUAAAUAUAUAGUUAGUUGUAAAUAUAUGUAUAAUUAAUUAAUUAGGGUAAAUAUAAUCUCAUCUCUUAAAUACGCACUAAAAAAAGGUAUAUGAUCAUGCAUUUAGGGUACGAAAACGCAUCGAGAAUGCCAAUUUUAAGUAGAAAAGGUCGGACGAACUGCAAGGAUGAGAGGACGAGAUAAUUAAUUAAAUACGUAAUUAUGUAAUGUCUCAUUAAAUAUUAUAAUCCGAUAAGUUAUGGAGCGGUGGUAAAAGUCGGAAUUUUUGGAAAUGGUUAAUUAGAUAAUUACCCAAUUACUUGAUGGAUUUUUGGAUUACAAACUGAAUUAUUAUCUGUGAAUGCAUCAUUAUUUGAUUGAAGGAGAAAGCUCCACGCAAAAAAAAGCUCUCUUUAAAAAAGUUUGAUUUAGUAAAUAAUUAAAUAAAUAUUUUAUUAUGUACACAAACAAAAUUCAAAAGAGCUUUUUUUUUCUUUUCCGCAUUAAAAUUCUUCCUCUUUUAUGACCUAGAGAAGAAAAAAAGAACGAGUCAUAUUAAUCUCAGCUCAUCUUCAGCGUAAAUAAAAAUUUGUUACGUUAUCAAGAAAUAAAUAUGUAAAUGAAUGCUUAUCAGUUUGGAGAACGACACUUUCUUUGGGAAGAGUUAGGAAAAUCGAAACGAUAGAAUGAAAGGUUUGCUGAAUGUUCAAUUCUGAAUUACAAAAUAUGAUUAAUUAAAAUUAACUACAAAUUAAAUUAGGGCGCGACGAGUCAGGCGGUGAUAUAAAUAAUGUACUAUUUAGAUUGAUACGUAAAAUAAUCAUUAAUUAAUUAGCCAACAGAUAAUUUAGCGUGUAAUUAAUUAAAUUACAUAAAUACGAUGAGUUUUAUAAUGUGUUUGACCAUAAAAAAUAUAUAAUGAUGAACAAAGAAACGAAAGUGAUACAUAUGUAAAAACGGUUUACAUUAUUAUUAUAUUAUUAUUAUGAUUACGUUUGGUUUGCAAUUUUGGUAUCGGACAGAAUUUGAGGUCCAAAAAAAAUCAAAUUUAGUAAUUAACGACUUGAUUUUUUGUCAAAACAAUUCAUUUCGUUUUUUUUCAUUCGACUUGAAAAAAAUGCUGGCUGACAGAUACAAGUCCAUGAUGAUAAAUACGUUAUCAAUUUAACGUAUUUGAAAUAUUUUAUAGUGAUAAGUUACAUGGAUAAAUUGUACGUACCUUGAUAUAUAAAUUAGAAUUAAUCACUUUUGACUGUUAAUUAAUAUAAAAAAGCGUCAUUUAAGAAGUUCACAAAUGUUUGGGGAAAAAAGCUAAUCUUCAUUUUUCCACUUUGACGAACCGACCAAUCGACGCUGCGUUCGGAAAAUCUGCAAAACGUGUGCAUUUUAUUAUUAGAAAAUUAAAUUUAUAUGGACCUGGAUUGGAUUUUGGAAUGUUUUAACGAAUCGCUGGUGUGGCGUCGGUCUUGCGGAAGUACAACUAGAAAAAAGAGGAUGAUUAUUUAAAAUAAGUUUGGCUUGUUGUAUUUCAAUUUGUGAAUUUGUGUACCUUCUCAUGAAUCAUGAUUAAAUAUGAUUAAAUUAAAUAUAUUGAAUUAAUUUGUUUGAAAGUUUGUGAUAAAUAUAAAAAAAAUCAUACAAAUAUUUGGAAAUUCUGAAUUCACGGGAAACAUGGUUAAACGCCAUGAUACAAAUUAUAUGAUAUCUCUUCGAAUUUGAGCCAUGAUAAGUUACACACGUGCACCAAUCUUCACAUAUAAAUAUAUUACUACUAUUAUACAUGCAUGAAGACGCAAUUAUUAAGUCGUUAUGAAAUUGAUAAAUGUUGAACUGAGAGAUGAUGAAAAUUACUGUAUUAUGUAUUUCAAUUUGAAAUUUUCAAAUUCCAUAAAUGUUCAGUAUGCAGAGAGAGGAAAGAAGGAAAUUUGUCAUUAUCAUGAAAUGGACGAUUGUUAAUAAAGGAUUGAAAUAAAUUAUGGAAAAGAAAAAA